CGCUCUAGAUCUGUGAGAUCUCAAAAUCCGGUUCGGAGUAGUUACGGGAUUGCGUGAUUCUCGGCCCCCAUCCCCCACGCCAAGGGCACCGAUCGGCUGGAGGAGAUGGAUGGCAUCAUCGAGCUAUGGGAUGGCGGGACAUGCCGCUCGACGUCAACCCCAAAUGGCGACGACUACUUACAAACAACAUAAUGGCGUCUCGGAACGGAAACAUUAAACCUGCCUUACACACACGUGCCUACCUAUUCACCAAAUAAAAAAACCAGUAAAACAACGGAAAACGAUCCCACGACAAGUUAUCCUGACCAACAACACCAUGGCCACCACCAAACCCCAUCCACUCAACAGCGACCCAGACCGGCUCCUGUUUGCCUACUGGGUCCCCAAUGUCUCAGGCGGACUCGUGAUCUCCAAGAUCCCGCAGCGCACCUCGUGGGAUCUGCAGUCCAACCUGCGGUACGCGCGCGCGGCCGAGGCGGCCGGCUUCGAGUACGCGCUCACCCAGAUCCGCUUCACCGCGUCGUACGGCGCGUCCGACCAACACGAGUCCGUCUCCUUCUCGCAAGCCCUCCUGCAAGGGACGACCUCCCUGCGGGUAAUCGCAGCCAUCCUCCCCGGCCCAUGGGCGCCGGCCGUAGUCGCCAAGCAGAUCGCCAGCAUCGACCACUACAGCUCCGGGCGGAUCGCGGUCAACAUCGUGUCGGGGUGGUUCCGCGGGGAGUUCACGGCGGUGGGCGAGUGGUGGCUGGACCACGCGGAGCGGUACCGGCGGUCGGCCGAGUUCAUGCGCUGCCUGCGGGGGAUCUGGACGGCGCCGGCUGAGGAAGGGUUUACGUUUGGUGGGGAUUUCUAUCGGUUUCGCGGGUAUAAGCUGAGCCCGAAGCCGGUGCAGAAACCGCAUCCGGAGAUCUUUCAGGGGGGGAAUAGUGAUGAUGCGAGGAGGAAUGGGGCCGAGGUGGCGGAUUGGUAUUUUAUGAAUGGGAAUGAUUUGGAGGGGUUUAGGACGCAGAUUGAGGAUGUCAAGGGCCGGGCGCGGGAGGCGGGGAGGGAGGGCCAGGUGCGGUUCGCGGUGAAUGGGUUUGUGAUCGUGCGCGAGACUGAGGAGGAGGCGGUCAGGGUGCUGCAGGAGAUCCAGGGGAAGGCGGAUGCGGAGGCGGUGGAGGCGUUUGCUGGGGAGGUGAAGAAUGCCGGGGCGAGCACGGGGAACAAGACGGGCAUGUGGGCGACCAGCACGUUCAACGACCUAGUGCAGUACAAUGACGGGUUCAAGACCAAGCUGGUCGGGACCAAGGAGCAGGUCGCCGAGCGGAUCGUGCUGCUCAAGAGCCUCGGGGUCAACCAGGUCCUCACGGCGUUCCUGCACUAUGAGGAGGAGGUCGAGCAGUUCGGUCGGGAGGUGCUGCCGCUGGUCAGGCAGCUCGAGGCGCAGGGAAGGGGCCGGGACGCGGCAUUCGAGAUUGAGCGGACCGGAGAUGUGUACAAGAAGCAGAGCUCGUAGGCAUCCCACCAUGAUAU